GGUCGGCACUGAAUGUUUAAUACUUAACAUCAAAAAAUAUACAGUGUUAGCUUACACGUCACUUGUAUUAUUAUCAGGAAAAAACUCAAAAUGACGGCGGCAAUGCGAUACGUUUUUAUUGUUCUUUUCAUAUUUAAAGUUACGGGCAUUUGUCAAUGCGACUACGGCUCUAACGAAAUCGACGAACCUCAAACGACAGAUAGUCUUUUGCAAAGCCAUUGGGAUGAAGCAAUCGACAAUAGUAAUGCUGAAGAGAACGAAAUAAAAAAAGACUUCCAAGGAUGGCCUAUCAUUUGUACCGAAACGGAUCGCCCGGUUGUAUGCAAUUUCGUCAGAAUCAAAUAUUCGAGAUGGCCCAUGCUGGCAGCGGUGGAACGUAGAAAGAGGCAGGCGUCAGCUGUUGUGAGCGCCAUCACAGAGUUACCACCGGAAGCUACUUACGGACGCGGUUCAGAAGUCGAUUCCUUAACGUCUCCCAUUCCAGCGCCUCAGAUUCCAAGUAAUUCCCUUGGACGGGAAGACGGAGGUACCGGAAGCGUCGCCGUACCCGGCACAACGGAAGUGACGACCACUCAACCCGAGGCGGAAACCAUUGACCCGUCGCUGGGAGACGUUGGGGGAGACGGCGGUGACAACUGCAACUACGACAUAAUAUCGAUAAUAUUCAAGUGCGGCUUAAACUUGAUCACCAGCAUAUUCGGUCUGACGGACACGUGUUGCAAGGACGUUCUCUAAACUGAGUCACAUGUGCAAUGUUGUUAUACUAUUUUAAAUAAUAUCUCAUAUAAUAUAUAGCUCAUCUUUUUGUCAUUGCAAAUCCUGUAAGAUUCUGAAUACCGCUUGCAAUAUAUUUGUACUAAAUAAUCAUC